GCCUGACACGAUACGCCCUGUUCGAAGAUCGAAAUCUCGUUCCCCACAGACCGAAAAAAAAUUAGCGAAGCCGGAGAAGAAGGAAACAGAAGAAAGAGACGAGAACUGAGGACGAGAAAAUCCUUCGAUCUAUGAAGAGAUAGAGACAGAGAUAAAGGAGAGAGAAGGGUCGCCAUUGACCACAUCAUCGAAAGAAACGAAGUCAUCCACGUGAGGAAGAGACGGUCGGAUUUCCCGAGGAAGACGACGCCAUUUCCGAGCUGCCAGAUAAGAACAUUCAGAUUCAGUUACUGAUUCAUAGCCGAAGAGCAGAGAUCUUUCAUCUUGCUUUGUGAAGGGAAACAGAGAAUGUCAGAGAAGACCGUAUGGUGUGAUAAAUUAAGGAAGUCUCUUACAUCAAAAAAUGUAGAGGAGAAAGAGAGCAGGCCAUUUGAGGCAAAGGAGUUGCCACCUGAUCAUCAUCACGACAAAGUGGAUUCCUCUGCACAGAUAAACAGCUCUGUUUUCAGCAAUUUCUCCAGUCCAGUGUCAGACAUCUUUGAUUCUCAGACUUUCAGGAUUUUUGUUUCAACGUGGAAUGUUGGAGGAAACUCACCUUGUGCUGGUCUGAACUUGAAUGAGUUUCUUCCUCUUGAUGAUGGAUCUGAUAUUUAUGUUUUAGGCUUUCAAGAAAUUGUUCCUCUGAAUGCUGGAAAUGUGUUUGUAUCAGAAGACAAUGAGCCAGCAUCGAAAUGGCUUGAUCUCAUCGACCAAGCCUUAAACAGACCUUUGGGAUCCACAGUAGAUAGCUCCCAGAGCUCCUCAUCAUCCUAUUCAACUAACAAAACAUUCAGAAGAGACCAGACUGUUCAGCUCAAGGCCUGCAACUGUCCCUCAAAAGUAAAGAAGAAGAGUUACAGAAAAGCAUGUUUCAGCUGUCGGUUUUCGUAUGAUUUUGACUCCGAUGACGGCGAACCAGAGAAGGGAGAGGAUGAAACAAGUAGCUUAGAUGAUAAUGAAGUUGUUCUUACUAUGAAAUUGAACAAUCGGCGAAGAUAUAGCUACAUUGUCAGCAAACAGAUGGUGGGUAUAUUUAUCACCAUUUGGGCAAAGAAAGAGCUUGUUGGGCAUCUCAGUCAUUUGCAGAUCUCUUGUGUUGGUCGAGGGAUUAUGGGUCGGCUGGGUAACAAGGGUUGUAUAUCAGUGAGCAUGUCUUUGCACCAGACUAGCUUCUGCUUCAUAUGUUGUCAUCUGGCUUCAGGUGAGAAAGAAGGAGAUGAACUUAAAAGAAAUUCUGAUGUCAGAAAGAUAUCGAAGAACACACAUUUUCAACGAAUUUGUAAGAAUCAUCAUCGAAUAAAUCCCAAAAAGAUCCUCGAUCAUGACCGGGUGAUAUGGUUAGGGGAUCUAAAUUAUCGCAUUUCGUUAAGUUAUUUGGAGACCAAGAGACUUCUUGAGCAAAAUGACUGGGAUGCUCUUCUUGAAAAGGAUCAGCUGAGAAUUGAAAGAGAAUCUGGGAGAGUAUUCAAUGGAUGGAAGGAAGGAAAAAUAUACUUUGCUCCUACAUACAAAUACUCCAAUAACUCAGAUUCAUAUUCUGGAGAGAAUGUAACAUCAAAAAGUAAAAGAAGAACUCCAGCUUGGUGCGACCGCAUAUUAUGGCAUGGCAAUGGUAUUGCCCAAUUAUUUUAUAUCCGCGGCGAGUCGAAGUUGUCGGAUCACAGACCAGUCUUUGCAGGUUUCUCAGUAGAUGUUGAGGUUCUUGAUGAUAGGUUCAGGAAGGAAAUAUCAGCAAGUAACAUGAAAGUUGGUGUGGAAGAGCUUCUGCCAAAUCUAAACAAUAUUUUUUCCUGAAACUUCUGUAAGUAUGGAUAAAACUAAUGUUUAUAGAUCAUGGAUUUGAUGUUAGCACAUAUUUUUGCAUAUCAAUGCUUGGUCAUACAAUCAGUUCAAUCUACUAACCUAUCAUAUGGUGACUUCCUUAGGUUUUGCCUGUGUAAUCAAGUGAGGUUUUGAAUUUAAUCUCAUUUGGAGCAAUUAAUAAGUAUAGUUGUGAAGAACUAUUGCGAUCGAACCUCAGUUAUGGACCUAAAAUUAAUUACUCUCAAACUCCGAUUUGAGUCAUUCUUAGACUUCAUUUGGGAUGACUUUCUUACUGCUUAAGGACGAAGCCUUAGUUUUCUGCAUAAUUGCAAGAAUUAACAAUGCAUUCCUCUGCUCCACACCACACCUUGCCUGUACUUCAUGGAGAUUUAUCUUUACCCUUAACAUAGUUUUAGUCAUAUGUUUAAACAAGAUUUUAUUUGUUUCAUGUAUAUGAAGAACUGUUCCCUUUGAUUUAUUUGAUUUUUUUGUAACCUUGAAAUAAACCAAACUGAGCAGGAUAAUCUACGUAAAAUUACAAAUCUACAUCAAAUCAAGCUCAAACCAUUAUAAUAGACUACAUUUUUUUUUUCAACUUUGUUUAAUCACUAUUUUGCCCAC